AGCGGGGCUCCCGGCACAGAGACGGUCCCAGUAGGCGCAGCCGCCGGGGCCUCGGGCUCGGGAACCCGCGCGCCCUGCGUGCUCGGGGCCGGGACCCCCGGCCGUCCUCGGAGCCUUCUUCCCCAGCAGGCGCCGUCGCCAGCGCGCCCGGGCGCCCCGCGCGGGCCAUGGAGCCGGCAGCCGGGAACCUCAGCGACGGGAACGCGAGCGGCCCCGAGCCCCCAGCCCCGGAGCCCAGGCCGCUCUUCGGCAUCGGCGUCGAGAACGUCGUCACCCUGGUGCUGUUCGGCCUGAUCUUCGCGCUCGGCGUGCUGGGCAACAGCCUGGUGAUCACCGUGCUGGCGCGCAGCAAGCCUGGCCGGCCGCGCAGCACCACCAACCUGUUCAUCCUCAACCUGAGCAUCGCCGACCUAGCCUACCUGCUCUUCUGCGUCCCCUUCCAGGCCACGGUCUACGCGCUGCCCUCCUGGGUGCUGGGCGCCUUCGUCUGCAAGUUCAUCCACUACUUCUUCACCGUCUCCAUGCUAGUCAGCAUCUUCACGCUGGCCGCGAUGUCCGUGGACCGCUACGUGGCCAUCGUGCACUCCCGGCGCUCCUCCUCCCUGCGGGUGUCCCGCAACGCGCUGCUGGGCGUGGGCUUCAUCUGGGCGCUGUCCAUCGCCAUGGCCUCGCCCGUGGCCUACCACCAGCGCCUCUUCCACUGGGAAGUCAGCAACCAGACCUUCUGCUGGGAGCAGUGGCCCAACCAGCGCCACAAGAAGGCCUACGUGGUGUGCACCUUCGUCUUCGGCUACCUGCUGCCGCUUCUGCUCAUUUGCUUCUGCUACGCCAAGGUCCUCAAUCAUUUGCAUAAAAAGUUGAAGAACAUGUCAAAGAAGUCAGAAGCAUCGAAGAAAAAGACCGCGCAGACGGUUCUGGUGGUGGUUGUGGUUUUUGGGAUCUCCUGGCUGCCACAUCAUGUCAUCAAUCUCUGGGCCGAGUUUGGGGUUUUCCCGCUGACCCCCGUCUCCUUCCUCUUCAGAAUCGCCGCUCACUGCCUGGCCUACAGUAAUUCCUCAGUGAAUCCUAUCAUAUACGCUUUUCUCUCGGAAAAUUUUAGGAAGGCCUAUAAGCAAGUGUUCAAGUGCCACAUGCGCAAUGAGUCACCUCUUAAUGAUACGAAAGAAAAUAAAAGUCGAAUAGAUACCCCGCCGUCCACCAACUGCACUCACGUGUGAGAGCGUUAGAGCUCGUGUGGAGUCUCAGACAGAGCACGGUACGACGAGGAGUUAGCAAGCCUGCAACUUCUUGUGCUCAUGACAAGUCGCAUCAUUUUAGUUCCACCUGUUUUUGAAAACAAUACUUUGAUCCAUUUGGGAAAUCUCGAGGGCUAGUAAAGAUUGUUUCUAAAUUUUAUUUCAAAAACAAAAGGAAACGCUACAUAGUAUUUUAUACCUUUACAGAAACGAAAGGUUAAUAGAAUUCCAUCGACAUGUUCAAUUCUUCAUAGGACAGCCUAUAAAGAUGGUCAGGAAUACUGGCGAUCUACAUUUUGAAGCCAGUUUAUUUAGGAAAAAACACAUGUAUGUGUUAAUUCUUCAAUUUUAAGAAACGAGGUAAUAUUGCGAGGUAUGUGUUUCAAAAUAUGAUCAUGGAUACACGAUCAAAGUUUGACCCGGAUUUCGUUUUUUUUGUGGCCAUUUAUAUAGAGGCGCAUCUGUUAAAUGGCGGUGAGACUUUGCCAAGUCGAUUUGCACCGGCCUCAUUUGCCCCCAACUGUAAAUAGUGAACACGGUUUCCGGAGAUGAGCUUCACCUGUCUGUGGUCAUGAGGGCCCAUUAACUUCAUCUCCGGAGACCAGCACAGCAGCACAGCGGUGACUCAGGGUGACGGACAUUGGCCCGGCCACUUAAAACUAUUCUGCGAUGUAGGCUUUGCAGAGUUACCUAAAAAAAAAAAUCAGGGAAAAUGCCAAGGACAACUAUUCUAAUAGUGGAAGCUUCCAGUGAGAUCCAAGAGGGAACGUGGUCAUUAAAGUUUUACAAAUAUAUCGCCCAGGGUAUUUUGUGUGCCUUGGGUGGAACUGAGCCAAAAGGGAGUAAAAAAAAAAUGCCAGUGAGGAUGAUAUGUGGGUAAUAGUUUCUAUGGGGCUGGGAAGAAGUCAGAAUCCAGUAAGACACAUGUGGAAAGCAUACGCAACACGUGAUUCAGAUAACAUUAGAAGAAAAGGAAUCUUCUGAGCAGGUAUACCCAGGGAUAUAUGUUGUACAAACACAUGCUUUGUUUCAUUAAAUUCGUAGUAAUGUUAAAUGCACAUUUACCCCCAAUAUUACUUCCUCGAAAAUGAUCAUAGGCUGAAUUUCAAAUGUACUUUUCAUGACAAUUUCGUAUUUAUUCACGUGUGGAAUGAAAAACACGGGAUGAAGAGAUUAAAUUAUUCUACCUUAGAACAGUAGUUUUCAGACUCCAGGACUUUGCUAUAUUUUGUGAGAAUAUAACAUCAGGAAGACUUUUUGAAAAAGGAUUUAGUGUAAUGCACACCUGUGUCAAAUCAGGAUUCCAUAGGAAAUAUCAAAUUUUAGAUGAAAAAACUCGAUAUAAGUCUUUGCAUGUUAAAUUUUCCAGCUGAUGAAUUCAUUGUCACUAAUCACACUCCUCCAGCAAAUGGUAUUUACAUUUGCAAUGCUUGAACUGAUUCUC